AUGGCUACCACAAGCUUCGCCCCCCUUUUCACCCAUGACGGCUCCUUGUCCCCUCAGUUGAUUGAGUAUCUGGAGGCUAUGGAGGAACGCAUUGUUUCUCGCCUACUCGCCGCUCUCCGCCCGACGUAUGAGGCUGGCGCGCCGGAGCAGACGCUCGCUAAGAUGGUACCGGUCGUCGUUGCUUCAACCUCCCCGCAGAGACCUCGCGAGUCUUCUAGCAAGCAGACACGUUCCCGCUCUGCCGCUAUCACACCGCGACCCUCCCAGCAGUACAAGGACGUCACCCAGAACCCAAAAUGCGCGUUCGAAGAACUGUGUACCGCCUUCAAAGUGUUGAAGCCCCACCAAACCUUUGACGAGUACUAUCUGGACGUCGCAAGCAAGAAGCCGCUUCCUUCACUUCCGAAAGCUGAAGAGCACAUACUUCUCCAUGCACCCCGCGUCGUAUCCGUUCUUGAUUACGCCAGUAAUAUUCCUCUACCCGACAUCACCAGCGACGAGGAAUUCUCCGACGAUUCAUCCGACGAUAUGUCUCUAUUCUCGUCGGUCAGCAGCUGUAGCACAUUCACCACAGAGGCGCCAAUGUCUCCUGAGUUUGACCAAGCCAUUGACGGAGUAGAAGACUCCACCGAAUUAUACGACGCUGUCGGUGACGACAAGAGCACUCCUGCUGAAGUCAAAGCGCCUAUUGAUGCAGUCUCGGCAGAGCCACCAACCACUAUCGAGCCUACAAGGGCCCCCCAGAGUAACGACGGCGCGACAGAUCCGCCCGUUACCGAAUACAACAACGAGGACGACAACGAUAACAACGGCACCGUCCACGUUGCCGCCGCCGGUGUACGUGAGAACCAGCCCAACACUCAUCAACAGACACACUCGACAGAUAUCACAGACUGCGAUGUCAGUACUAGUGAGCUGUCGAUCGUCUUUGGAGCAGCAUCGCAAACCGAAGCGAUGGAAGUCUGCAUCCCAGAACCUGCUCAUUCUCGUCCGGUCGACUCUCAAAACACGCGGCCAGAGUUCAGUCAGACCAUGGACGGGAUAGAGUCACCACCAGCUCCUCGCGAUACUUCCGGUACUGAACAGGACGGUAUGGAUGACGUUCAAGUCACCAGCCGCGUGGAUACCGAGGAGCAGAACAUGGUUGAUGCGCCCCCGCCUGAGAGCACUACUGAAUCACGAGCGAGAUCCAGGGUUAAGGCAAACACAAGCAAUCAUUGGUGGAAUGGCAAGGUCAAUUGCCUGCUAGAACUAAUUCCUGAUCUUCACCUCGUUCUGAAACAAGAUCUUCCAAAGAUGAUCCAGGAGAGGCAGACAAACCAAAUUCCACACCAGAUCUUUGGCUAUAUCGACAACGCAACAUCUGCGAGAGGGCUUGGCAACGACCUCGAAUCCGCCAUGAAGAACAAGCUGUUGACUAACGCACAGUUCAACAAGCUUGAGAAAUACGCAAAAGGAGAGCGUGUUGUCAUCCCAAAAGUCAGCAACUAUCCUACGAAGGAUACUGGCUCCUCCACAACUGCUGCCAAUACUACUGCGCAGUCAGCUACCCCUCCCGCUGCAGCUCAGACGUCGAUCGUCGGCGCCUCUGUGACGGGGCCGAAGGCUCUCAUAGAAGAAGAGCCGACGACAUCAGAGCCGGAGUCGAUCAAAGAGCGAUUCACCCGGCUCUUAUGUAACGCACGGGCAGAAAUGCUUAAAAACAACGAAGACCCUGCCUUGGAGAAAUUUCGAGGCCUAUUUAAUAUCUCGUUCCAGAAGCUAUCGGACACAGAUGUUGUGAUAGAUUAUCUUAUCAAACAUCCCCGAUACAAAGGACGCGAUAGCGAUGGGCGACCCCAAAUCGACAUGGCAAAGACCGUCGAUAUCAUACAAGCUCUUUACAAUGACCUGAACCCUCACGGUAAGGAACAAAUCGUCUGGAGGUGCAUGGAAGCUCUGGCCGCACAAGACGUGAAGGCGGAGAACGAGGAACUCUCUGGGUUUAUACGCUGCGCCCAUCGUCAGAAACCUCUAGAGAUGCUCUAUCGAAGCAUCUCAACGUCUAACUUUGCGUUGAAGGAGGCAGUGAAUGGAGAUGGAGCCCUCAGCUGGGAUGACAUGAAGGAUCUCGCAAAGAAGGAAGAGCGCCAGUACUUCGAGGAUAGGUCGAGAAUGAACGAUCUUCCGAAGUAUCGGGAAUAUAUGAAGGAGAGGGGGAUGUAUUGGAGCAACAUGGCCAACAUGAAGGGUCUGGUCGCUCAACAGGUGGCUGAUCGGGAUCCGGCUACGGGCCAAGUCCCCGCCACAGAUUCUGUUGAUGGGGCAGAAGCGGCAGGUCCCUCCAAAGGCAAGCGCAGCCUCGCUGACAUUCCGCACGAUGACGAUGAGCAAGAUUUGAAGCGGUUGCGAGAAGAGCCCGCUGAGCUCACUGAAGAGGAAGAGCGUGCUGCGAGGAAGAGGGGUGCACGAGGGCCUGCUGACUCUGAGAGCAGCGAGCGCGUAAAACGGAGUCGUGACUGA